UCCACCCCUGCCAGGAAAUGUCCUGCUACGACCUCUGCCCCACCACGGCCGGCAUCUCCUGCCCGCAGCCCGUGGCCAACAGCUGCAACGAGCCGUGCGUCCGCCAGUGCCCCGACUCCACCGCCCUCAUCCAGCCACCCCCAGUGGUGGUCACCUUCCCCGGCCCCAUCCUCAGCUCCUUCCCGCAGCAGGCCGUGGUGGGAUCUGCUGGAGCCCCGGCCUUUGGCGGCUCCCUGGGCUAUGGGAGUCUCUACGGUUCCGGAGCUUUCCCGGGAUAUGGCGCCCGCUCUGGAUACGGGAUCUCGGCGCUGGCCGGCGGCUCCUGCGGCCCCUCCGCGUCGCGCCGCUUCAGCCGCCUCUUCCGUGGCUCCUGCGGGCCCUGCUGAGAGCACCGGGGCCUCCAGGGAAUCCCGGGAAUGCCCAAAUCCCCGGCCACGAGCAUGAAGGGUGGGCGUUUCCGUGGUGCUCUUCGCAUUCCCGAUCUUUCUCCUACUUCUUGCUCGGCACCUCCUCGUUGUUUGCUCUCGCUGCCUGUUCCGGCAUUCCCGAUUUAUUGGACCAGCAUGGGAAAGCCCAAUCCCUGUUCCGGCAUUCCCAAUUUAUUUAAUGAGUGUGGGACUGCCCAAUCCC